AUGUCAUCUCAAGCGGAAAUACAGGAAAAGAUCGCUGCGGCGAGGAGGGAGGCCGACAUGUUGAAGGACAAGAUCAGACAGCGUAAAGACCAGACAUCGGAUACGAGUCUCCGGGCGAUGGCUCAAGAAGUCGAACCCUUGCCUCGCGUCGUCAUGCGGGUCCGCCGUACCCUCAAGGGUCAUCUCGCCAAGAUCUACGCCAUGCACUGGUCGGCCGACAACAGGCAUAUCGUCUCGGCCUCCCAGGACGGCAAGCUCAUUGUCUGGGACGCUUACACCACCAACAAGGUUCACGCGAUCCCUCUCCGGUCAUCCUGGGUCAUGACCUGUGCCUAUUCCCCCUCGGGCCAGUUUGUCGCUUGCGGUGGUCUCGACAAUAUUUGUUCAAUCUAUUCGCUCAAAGGGGCUGGGAGCAGUAUGAAUGCCGGACAACCUCUGGGUCAGAUCACCAAGGUGUCGAGAGAGCUGAGCGCGCAUACGGGUUACCUGAGUUGUUGUCGGUUCAUCAAUGACCGACAGAUCGUGACGAGCUCGGGGGACAUGACCUGCAUGUUGUGGGACAUCGAGACUGGGACGAGAGUGCAGGAAUUUAAUGAUCAUACGGGAGACGUCAUGAGCUUGUCCCUCUCGCCCAAUCAGAAUAUUUUCGUAUCCGGAGCAUGUGACGCAACGGCCAAGUUGUGGGAUAUCAGGUCGGGUAAAUGCGUACAAACGUUUAUGGGCCAUGAGAGCGACAUCAACGCCGUACAAUUCUUCCCUGACGGCCAAGCUAUCGGGACCGGAUCCGACGACGCCUCGUGCCGACUCUUCGACCUCCGAGCUGACCGAGAACUGAACGUCUAUCAGCACAACAACAUUCUCUGCGGCGUGACUUCGGUCGGCUUUUCCGUCUCUGGCAGACUGCUCUUUGCCGGGUACGACGAUUACAAUUGCAACGUAUGGGACGUCCUGAAGGGAGAACGAGUGGGAGUCUUGGCCGGUCACGAGAACCGGGUCAGUUGCCUUGGAGUCAGCGCCGAUGGGAUGGCCAUGUGUACGGGUAGUUGGGACGGCUUGUUAAAGGUCUGGUCAUAA